GUGAGCGAGAAACUAGCUUUUCAAGUGAGUCAUGUCAUCAGGUUCUUGAAUUUUUGAACAACAUCUUCCAAAGAUGGCCCACUCCGAGUCUGUAAUCCUACGCUGGGUGCGCGAUUCCAUCGCGUUUGGUCUGGAUCACAGUUCUUUAAAAGUGCAGGAGCGAAUUCGAGAAACUCUUGGCGCGCCGCAACUGCCGAAAGAAUUAUCCCUGCAAGACCUGCGUGAUGGGAAAGUGCUGGUGGCGCUGGUAUAGCAAGUAGGUUUUUCUGCAUCUGCCUGCAUGUCAUACGUAUCACAGGCCUCUCGAAAUAAAUUGAAAUACGCAACUACUUGCUUUUGCAAAAAACGAUAAAAAUGAUUCACAGGUCCAAGGCAUUGACAUUCGUCUCUGCCGCAGAAGUAACAACAUUCCGCUCGGCCGCCUUGCUCAGUUUCAGACCAGCUGUCGCGAGUUGGGCUUGACCGACGCCCAGAUUUUCGCGGUGCCGGACCUUGUUCCCGACGUGAAAAAUCCGAAAUCGGUUUUGAAGACCCUGCAGUCCCUGUCGGAGUGCCUGGACCACAAGUGGCGGGGGCCCAGGAUAGGUAGAGAAUAGUUAGGGUUUAGGUGGAACUGUUUUUGCAGGAGAAACCGCAUCACAUACUCCAUUUGUUUUGCAUGAGCUGCACCGUAUCUAAUAACAUCGAUUUUCCACCUUCAGAUUCCUUCCGCCAGUCUUUCCAGAAGAAGAAAUCUUGGUCUGAGUCGUCUUCUUCUGAAGACGAAAAGGAAAUCCGACGUUCUUCGAUCCACUUCCGCGGCCGGCAGACGAACCGACGGCAGAAGCAGCGCGUGGUGGAAUCCAGUUCGUCCGAAGAGGAUUUUUUGGACAAAAAUGAAAAAUCCGAGUUUCAAUCCCUCUCCCCGAAAGGAGGAACUACCAACGGCAGGCUCACCUCGGUGGAUGAGAGCGGGAAAAGAAACUACAUCAGUGCGCCGGGCAACACUGCAGCUUCUAGGGGAACUACUUCUGCAGCUGCCCAGCUUUCGUCACCUCUCGACGAUCUGCUUUCCAACAGCACCGACAAGAAGCAACUGGACUACCUCGGCACGGAAGCAACUGCAGCGACUUUUGAAGGGGGGCCAGGCGAUCGCUCGAACCUCGCUGCAUUCGAAAACAGUAACCAGCACCCCUCUUCGGUUCGCCUUUCCGCGUCGAGCGACCUGCGGUCCUCCUCGUCCGCGAGCGAUCUCAGCUCGUCCGCCGCGUCCGGCGGUGCGUCGAUGCAGAACUUCCAGUCGCCGAACCGGGCCGGAGGGAAGAAGCACCACGCGAAGCGGCACGUGAACAGCUUGCGGAACGUGUUUCCGACCGCGAGUGGUGACGGGGGAAAAGCGCAGGAUAACGAGUUUGAGGACGCGGAGGAGGGGGUGGAUGUCCGGGGCAUGCUGCAGACGUGGGAGGAAAAACAUCAAGGUGCUGGACUGAACGGCGGCGUUGCGCAAUCAGGAGAAACUACUUCCACUGGGAUUGUCAUGCGAAUUUUCGACGAGCACGAGGACGGGGGAAUAAAACAGGUCGAAAUGGACGCCGACGAAGGCGUAAGAAGUGCAGAUUCAGCACUAGAGGAAGACCCAGCGGACGCCGUCAAGAGAAGCAAGGACUCCGCGGCGAAGUCCAGUAAGCAAAGCGCAGGAGGAAGUGCGAUUUUGCUGGAAGGAACAAAUGUUGGGUCGACCGGCGGGGCCGGAGAACAUGUCAAUUCCCACGCAAGCAGCGCGGUUUCCUCCUCGGUUCUGUCCUCAAAUUUGCGGGACGAAAUCCGGCAAGAUCUGGAGCGGGCCCGGGUGGUGGAGGACAGUUUCGAGGAAACACUGGAGAGCCCGAACGACGGAACUGCAGGUGGUCUUGCGCAUGCAGCUCCCGCUCCGACCGGAAGUCUCGUGGUGGACGAAGAGGAAGAGCGUGGAGGUCCUGCUUCUUCCAGUGUAGUUGCUUCACCGGUGAAGAGAGAAAGCAAAAACCCCUUCGCUUUCACGCCGCCAGCGAGGGACGAAAAUAAAGCAAACGAGAAGGACGAUACCGCGAAAAGUGUUGUUCUUGGAAAAAGCAGUAGACUCGAUACCACACCAACGACCGCGUCUGUGGCGAACAUAGUGGAGCAAGUUUUGCAAAACGCGGCGAGUAUUAGUGUGAAGGAAACCACACAAACAUCAUCUUCAGCUGCACCAUCUGGAACACGUGAUGGAAAAGUAGACCUUCGCGCAACUACGGCAGGCACAGAACCAUCUUCAAGCCAAGUUUUUGUGGAAAAGAAGGAAGUGCAACAAAUAGUCGAGUUGCUUCUCGACAAGGCGGCGAGCCACGUCACGGUUGAGAAUGUCGUGGAUAACUUAGUGGAUAAAACGUUUGAGCAAGUGGCGAAGGAAAUUUUAGAGGAGAAAAGCGUGAAGAAUUUGGUAGAAGAGAUGAUAGAAGCCGCUGCGGACCGAGUUGCCGCGUCGCCUUCGAGAAGGAGUGGCGGAGAAAAGAAAGCGACCCAAGAAGGAAGUAAUGACGAUCUUCUGCGAGGCAACAACAAUUCCACCGAGACUGCUUCUCGAGGAACUACCGAACCAGCUUCGUCUGGCACACCCAGCUCGAAGACGGUGAAGGAAAUCAUCACGAACAUGGUCGAUGACGCAGCGAAACAGUGCGCGAUGGAAAUAGUGAGGGGCAGUUCGAUACAGGCGAAAGGCAGCGGUGCACCAGAAGUUGCAACAAGCAAUCAGACCGCGGACGACCACCAGGAUGAAAGCGGAAUAAAGAAGAAAGAGAGCAGCGGAUCCGGCAGAAGUGCCAGUCCGUCUCGGCAGCGGGUUUCAAAAGAUUUCUCUUGUGACCUCUCCAUUCCAAACGAGAGGUCGCCCCAGUCGCCGCAAAGUCCAGUUGUGUUUUCGCCAGGAGAAAAAAAUGCAGCAGCGGUGGUAGAAUUGAGUGGGAAGAAAGCGGCGGUUGAAGAAGCGGCUCCGGUUCCGGCGGCUCCUGCCGGCGUCAAUGUUGACUGUGAUGCCACACGAGAAGAACAGGUAGAGGAAGGAAGAACGGGAAGCAAGCCAAGUCCAGAAGAACCGCAAAAGCAGGUUGCUUCCACAAGUAAGAACGCCGAGGAGAACAAAGCAGAGCCAGAAAGUGACCCAGGUGGUGUCGUUCAGCACGACAAGAACAUCCAGCAAGAGCACUACCCGCACGUCGACCCGGACACGUCAAGUAAAGACGUGCUUUUGCGGAGCAAAGGCCACGAGAGCGAGGAUCUGAUGAGUUUGGUGACUGAAGAGUCAGUCACCGUGUCAGCGACUGGCGAACAGGGCAGUGCGGAGAGGAGUCAAUCGCAGCAGCAGGAGCAAAUAGUUCAAGAGCUGCUCGUACCACCCGCGGUGAAGGUGGAACAAGACGUCACGCCGGAUCUUCCCCAAGGGCAAACUCCAGAUUCUGCCACCGUGAGUGCAAAAGGCGCACAGCCAGGAGUCGUCGCGGGAAUAAGCACGACAACCGGGGCUCCGCCACCUGCACCAGGUGCUAGUACACUCCAGACCAGUGGCCCAAGCCGCCGAGGACCUUCUUCCGGCGUUUCCAGCAUCGACUUAUCGGACAUUCACAGAAUUAUGAACCCAGAGCACGAAGACGUGUACCCGAAGAAGGAUACAAAGCAGCGAACAAUGCCGAAUGUAGCGACAGAACAGCAGCACAGCGUGAGCAGCAGCAAGGAGCAUUCCGUGGACCUGAACGCUUUCCUCGUCACCACGCCCUCCGAGUCGGAAAACAACAGCAAAAACACCUCCGCUGCUGUCAACCCGCUGGAAAUGAGCAACGAGGAGUUUUUUUCGUUCUUGAAACCCCCUUCGUCGGGACGGUUCAAUCCGUUGCCUAGAACUGGGAAUAGUACUGGAAGUGGGGAACAAACUCUUGAUGCCAGUGGGGCGACCACCACAACCACUGCGCUUGCCGGCGGAGCUACAGCCAACAUGACCUCUUCGUCCACGCUGCCGCCGAGCAACCGCACGAACGCGAAUUCUCCGCGGGCGACCAGCCCCUUCAGUUCCCGCUCCUACAACACGCCAAGGACGGAGAAAGAGAAAAUGUCAAGCUCGGGAUCAUAUUCGAACAGCACAAGCAAGAAUCCUUUCGCGGAAUUCUCCCUAACCGGUUCGUCAAACGAGAAGUCGUUUUCCAGUACAUCUGGGAAGGACAAAAAUGCGUCCAGUGGUCGGAAUAACAACCCAUUCGGAGCAGGAGCCGGAUCCUCCUCUCCGGGGGAUUUGUUUAAAGGGCUGAUGGGAGCUACAAGUUCAUCUGCAAAUAAUAAAAGCGCGUCUGCUACUUCUAUCACCGACCCUUUCGCAGAGUUUGACCAGCUGUAUCGCAACAAACCCGCCACGCCAAGCCCGAGACCGCCGCUGAUGUCGGAUCGAGGAACUGCUGGAAGUGUAAACAAAAAGUCUCAACUCGGCGACUACACGACCGUUGCAACUUCUACAGGGACUGGAGUUACGAGUCUCAGUGCCCCGUCGAGCAGUAGGACGUUGUCUUCGGCGAAAAAAAGCCCGGCGCUGGGGAGGGAAGUGUAUGGUGGAGUUGGAAGUGGAAAUAAUUACACAAACAGCAAGAAUAAUCCCUCUGACAUAACCAACAUUGACAAGGAUAUCGAUCGACUUUUUGAAGAUCUGCUGGGGCAUCAAU